CUAAUUUUUUUUAAGGAAAUUGGACCAGAAAGUCCUGCAAAUAAUAGGAUUAAACGAAUACAUGAAUUAUCAGACAUUGUGAAAGAUAAGCGUUUAGAAGAGAAUGCAGUGGAAGCUCUUUUAGUUGCUAUUUCAGAUAUUCUUCAAAAACCAGCUACUAAAGAUGCAAAAAUCAUAACAUUAGAAUUUAUCAAAUGCCUUUUGCUUGGUCAGAUAAACAACCUAGGUAUACUCAGAGGCCAUUUCUUCCACAUAAUAGACGACUUGCCCCUUCCAGAAGAGUGGAAUAUAAGGUUUGAGCUAUUUAACAUACUAAGUGAAAAUGGAAGAAAUCUACAUGAUUUUGAAGAUGAAACUGGACCGUUCUUACUCAGAUCGAUGCCAGAUAUUUUAUCUAAGGGAAAGAUAUCAGAAUAUUUAUCAUUAUUGAUCAAUGUUAUCAAAUUUAAUGCUGCUUAUUUAGAUGAAGAAACUGUUUCAAGCUUAGUUCAACAGACAUGUAUGAUACCUAAUAGAUCUCGAUCUGAAGAGGAUAUGAAGUUAUGUAUGGAGGUAUUAGAUGCUGUAGUAUGUUACAGUUAUUUACCAGUAUCCAGUUUACACCAUUUUAUAGCUGCUCUCUGUCGUCUGGUUAAUAUUGCUAAAGUUUGUAAGGAAAGUUGGAAGUUAAUGAGAAAAUUACUGGGUACACAUCUAGGACAUAGCAGUAUUUAUACUAUGUGUUGUAUGCUUCAGGAUAGAAGUCAACCUGUAGAUGGUAUAUUACUACGUGGUGCUGUGUUUUUUAUUGGUAUGGCCUUAUGGGGAUCUAGUCGAGUACAGUCAUUAAAACAGUCACAAACUACAGUUUUACCAUCUUUUCUACAGGCAUUAAAUAGUCGUCAUUCUAUAGUAGGACAUGAAGUAGUAUUAUCUAUACAAAGAUUAGUCAAGAAAUAUGGUAAAGAAUUACAGAAUGUAACCUGGGAUAUUAUAUUGAGUAUUCUAGAAAAACUUAUAGAACAAUAUGAGGUCAGUUUACUGUAUCAGAUACAAGUUGAAAUACAUGAUGUAUUAACAACAAUAGAAACUCUACAUGAGAGUAGACAAUAUCUCGGCUCUGUACCCAGAUUCUUUCAAAUAAUAGAACAUUGUGCUCAUAAGAGAUCAGUUCACUCAAUAUCAUUAUUAAUAGAUUAUCAUGCUCAAUUUAUACAUCCUAUUAAAGAAAAAUGGAUUGUCAAUUUAAACUCUCUUCUAGAGCGUUUCUUCAGACAAGAAAGCAGGACAGAUAUUCGGAAGAAAGCAUUAGAUAUACUAUCAUUUGUAUUGAGUAUUAAUAAACAUAUAUAUGAGGCUGAUUUGAUAGAAAUGGUAGUGUUACCUAAUUUAAGAAAUAUUGAUACAGAUCCUGAUACAGAAGUCCGACAAUCUGCAGCUCAUAUUUUAUUAGUAUUAGCUCAAACUUGUAAUUCUGAUGAAUUCUUUGAAAUAAUGACUAUAAUAGAAAAGGUAAAUAAUAUAUUAUCAUCACCUAUAAUUAAUAUAGAUAAUCUACAUUCUAUAAUACAAAUACCUACUGAUGAUCAACACUAUUCUGAUGUUAAAGCUACAACUUUCCAAUUAAUAGAAGUCUUUAAGGUCAAAUUAUAUCAGUCACCUUCAAGUCAUGGUGUUAGAAUCUAUGAGAUAUUAAUAGAUUUUCUUACAACACAAUAUCACACCAUUGUACCAAAUUAUACUGCUGCUUCCAUGAGAAAAGCUAUAUUGGAGUGUUUAUUAGAAUUAAGAGCUGAUAAUUUACAUAGAUUAGGUAUAGCUGAUAAACCAAAAGAUGUACAAUAUCCCUUCAGUCCCUAUAUACUCUGUUAUUGUAGUGAAGAAGAACCAGAACCUGUUAUUCCACCUAGUCCUGGAGGUAUUGGUACUAAUAAUAUACUACAAACAUCAGUACGAUCUGUUAUAGAUUAUACACAAGUCUUUACCUUAUUUAUUAUCUGUUUAAAAAAGGAGUUAGAUUGGGAAGUAUUAAAAGCUGUAUUAAAUAAUCUACCAAUAGUACUACAGAAUAAAACAUUGAUAUUAUCAACAGAAGGAGAUUUAAUAGAUGAACUAUGUCAUCAUUUAGCUUCUAUGGUGAAUGAUAGAAUGUUGAGAUUACCAGAAAAACUCAAUAAUUUACCGAGUAAUUUUACUAAAUCUGAUUUCCAUACCUUCGUAUUUCCUGUAUUAGCAGCUAUGGUGACAUAUCAUGAUUAUUUAGACAGAGCUAGACAGAGAGAAUUAAUUAAAUGUUUAGAGUUUGGUCUGGUAUCUAAGUGUGCUAAAGGUUGUGUAAGUUCAUUAAGAAUCUGUACAUUAGAGAUGCAAGAUGUCAUGAUGAGACAGCUACCAUCAGUAUUAUUAUCACUAUCUAAAAUAUCAGCUACUAUCUCUAUGGCUAUACCAGUAUUAGCUUUCCUUUCAAGUAUUGUAAGAUUACCCAAGUUAUAUGCUAACUUUGUUGAAGAUCAGUAUAUGAGUGUAUUUGCAAUAGCUCUUCCUUACACUAAUCCUUUCAAAUUCAGUCAUUAUACAGUAUCAUUAGCCCAUCAUGUUAUAGCUGUUUGGUUUAUUAGAUGUAGACUACCAUUUAGAAAAGGUUUUGUUAAAUUUAUUCAGAAGGGUUUAAAAGCUAAUGUAUUACAACAAUUUGAAGAGAAUGCCAGGAUUAAUUUAAAGAAUCAAGAUUCCAGUGAUAGAAAUAGAUCAGGUUCCUAUACAGCUGGUACCACUAGAACUAGCAAGAUGGUUCUGAUAGAACAGCUUUUAUUGGCUAUUUAUUUGAGUAUUUUAACUCCUCCCAACAAGAAAACCUUCUGUUCGAUAAUAAUAGUAUAUAGUAUGGAAAUAAUUGUUGCUGACAUCAAGACUGAUAACAUACAUGUAAUGGUAUCAGGUUCAGCUAUUUCACAAGGUGAUAAACAACCACCAAUAGAAAGUAAGAUGUCCCAGUUUCAUAAAGAAUUAACUGAAACAUGUACUGAUAUGAUGGCUAGAUAUACAUUUGGUAACGUGUCAACCACACCAAAGCGAUCAGCAGUUGCCCAGUUUCUGUUAAAAGGUGGUCAAAAUCAAACGUGGCUGGUGGGUAACAAAAUCAUCACCAUAACAACCAGUGGUGGCAGCCCCAAAACUAGUCAGAAUGGUUUGUGUGAAAAAUGUCUGGUUUUAUACCAAGAGACUCAAGAUUCACGACUUCUGUCCGGUAAAAAAUCUCGAGAUCGCAGACGAAAUAAAUCUACAGCUUGUCUCAGCAGAAGUCACAGUCAAAUUGAUCCAGUAGGGUUACAUGGUUCAGAGGAAGGUGAUGCUUUGCCUAAACGAUCUCAAGAUGAUCUUAGUUUGAUAAAUGAUGAUGCAUUUUCUAGUGAGAAUCAUGAUGAUGUUGGUGUUCAGACUGGUAGUUCAUUGAUAGGUUCUGAUAAAGAUCCUAUUGAAUCGUUAUUUUUAGGUAGGUCUAUGCCAGAGAAAAGAGCUUUUAGUAUGAAUCAAUGUAAUUGUUGGUGUACAGGUUGGGCUGAGAUACUGAUACGAGCACCAAGUGGUAAUAUAUCUUGGAUGAUGAGAAUAGAGAAUGAAACCAGUAUCUUUAGUCAACCUGAAAAUAUUUCUGAUAUUACGUUAUUAUUUGCUCCAUUGUACAAAUCAAGUUCUUGUGAGGAAACUUCGGCUCCAAUGGAUGUUUCACCAAGAACUUUACGGAAAACCAACUCUUCGCCAUCAAUUAUUGGUUCCCAGCCUGAAGAUGGCUUCUUACGAGAUCUAACUUUCAGUCCACCGAAAUCUGAUACAGAUACAGACACCAUAGAACAAGUUUCACCAAAACUCUCUAGUCAUAAUCUUCCCAAAUUAGAUCUUAUGUCUGUUAAUUCUAAUCCAGAACCUUCAUCUCCUGACCCAUGCCCUAGUCCAAGAUCAAGUCCAACUAAAAGAGCUAAAACUGUAGCCAGAACUUUAUCCAAUUCACUUAUUCAAGACACUAUUGAGGAACAUGAUAACAAUGUGGAAUUUUAUUGCCAAAAUGAAAUAGUGUCCGAUAAAUCAGAGGUACCUAUAUCACCAAAUAUUGAUGUAGAUACUAAUAAAUUGAACCCAUUAGCCAGCGUAUUGAAUGCUGAGCAGAAACAUCCAUCGGAUACCAGUCAUACGGAGAGCACCAUAUCUCAAAGUUCAGCUACUUCAUCAGAUGAUAUACCAGAGAUGAUUACCAUCAAACCACGAGGACAUACCAUAUCUGUCAUGUCACCAGCUCAAGAUGUUCGACAGAGAGAGGAUGUAAACAAUCGUACCAAGUCAGAUUCCUUAAAAGACAGUAGCAGUAGUGGUAUAAGUCCCGGCUUUGUGUUUUUACAACUCUUCCAUAACCAUCCAUUAUUAAGUCUGCAAGAAACUCCUGUUCUUUUACCACAAAAUGAAACAAUGGAAAGAGCACUGAGAAUGUUGAAUCAUAUUCAUCCUUAUGAAACACAUAAAAUAGGUGUUGUUUAUGUUGGUCCAGGGCAGGCUGAUGAUGAGAAGGCUAUUUUAUCUAAUCUAUAUGGAAGUGAAAGGUAUGCUAAGUUUGUAGAAGAAUUGGGAAAUCUGAUAUGUUUAAGAAAUAUUGAUCCAGAUCAAGUUUAUACUGGGGGACUAGCAUCACAAGGUGAAGAUGGACAGUUUGCAUACAGUUGGCAAGAUGAUGCCAUGCAAGUUAUAUUUCACAUAGCAACAUUGAUGCCCAAUAAGAAAUCCGACCCAAAUGGUAAUUCUAAGAAAAGACAUAUAGGAAAUGACUAUGUUACUAUUAUAUAUAAUGAUUCACAAGAAGACUAUAAAAUCGGUAUUAUCAAGGGAUCAUUUAACUAUGUGAAUAUAGUUAUAAAACCAUUAGAUUAUGAGAGUAAUGCUGUAACAUUACUUACCAAAGAAGAUAUUGCUGAUAGUUUAGGUCAUAAAGAUACAAAAAUUAUAUCAGAUGAUAAUUUAGCUCAACUUGUCAGACAGAUUGCUAUGCAUUGUAAUCUAGCAUCAAUGGUGCUUCAAAGACAACAGUCUCAACCACAAGAUCCCUUUGCUUCCAAUUGGUUAGAGAGAUUACGUCAAAUAAAACGUAUAAAACAGAAGGUUUAUGAA